AUGGAGUCUGAAAGGUGCGCUGGACGCAACAUUAUGAAAGAAGGUGCCUGCCGUCCCAUGAAUCCCAAACCCACUAAGAUACCUUCACCAUUGCCGGAUCCACUUCCCUUCCCAGAACCCUCGCCAUAUCCAGAACCGGAACCGGAGCCUGCUCCACCACCUUAUUUGCCACCUGUUCCUGAUCCGGCCCGAGACCCGGCAUAUGAACCUGCUUCAGAGCCCGCGUCAGACCCACCAUUAGAACUUGAACUGGACCUGGAUGAGGAUGAAGAGGACGAACUUGACCCAGAACGGGAUCCUGAACCAGAACCUGAACCAGACCCAGCUCCAGACCCUGAGCCACUUCCUCCUAUACCAAGGCCCACUCCUGUUCCAAUCCCAACUCCCACACCACCAAGAUCCACACCCAAGUCUGUUCUUGCAACCCGACUUUCAGAUUCUAUAGCAGACAGGGUCAGAAGCAAUGCAAUAAAAGCCAGAGCCUUGUAUGGAGACAUUUGCCAAUGA